AUGGCCCAUCAAUUCAAGUCAGACUUUCAAUUGGAUAUGGACAACUGCUUCAGUUACACUCAGUCCAUGUCAUACCCUUACACCUCAAGUUUCUCUUCUGCCUCUUCUUCUUACGACCCUUUCACUCCUACAUCUCGAUUUUCAUCGCCCUAUGAGUUGUCAGCCUUGGAACCUGACGGAUCCUACAAUAUCUCUCACGGCGUUGAUGCGGCUCCUCGCUCGACUGUGGGCGACUUUAUGCUUGACGCUGUCGUUGAGACGAAACCGGAGCAUAUCCCUUUUCCUGACUGUCCCCCAAACACGCCCAUGAAGCAGGAGUUCGUGGGCUUGCACUACAGAGAGAUAGACAUGGAACAUGACGGCUCCAUGGAUUCGAUAACGCCAUCGAGUCCUUGCUUUCCAAUCUCUCCUGCGGCUGUCAUUAGCGCUACCUCCUUCGUCAUGACACCCACCCAGAUGUCUUCGGGUUUCGAGGCGACUGAGAUCUAUUCACCCUGGUCCUGCGCUAGCGACAGCCCGAUCUCCUACCCACAGAGCAAUUGCGAGGUGCUCAACAUCGACCACCAGUCAGAGUCUCCCUACUAUGUCCACGAGUCGACUUCACCAAGGCAAAUUCGACCUCGGCAGAUGGUGGUGAACGAGAUUCAGCGCAAGACGACUGAGCUUCAACAUGCUCAGACCCGAAGACCAAGGAAACGAUCCAUCAAGCCCGACCCUACCCCUGCGGAUCCGGUCUGGAGCAGUUGUGACUAUUCAGGUUGCAACAAGGCGUUCAGGCGUAAAGAGCACCUCAAGAGACACAAGCAAUCCUACCACGGCGAGGGCCCGAACCGUUUCUCAUGCGAGUUCUGCGGUAGAGGCCAGUUCAACCGGAGGGACAACCUCAACAACCACCGCAGGCUUCACACUCGACAUAACAGCAGAAACCGGGGCGUCGAGUUCGUCCCUGGUGCGGUGAUGGUUAUCGAACAAGAAAAGCUCAGACGAACACCGACAAGGCGGAGGAAACAGGGAGCUAUUGGAGGAAUUAACCACCGUGAAAUACCAACACAGUAA